UUAGUGAUUUUUCAGCUUCUUUAGUGAUCAAAUCUUGCAAGUACAAACAAGUCAGAUCAUCUCAGUUGGAGAAGGGAACAGAAAAAGAAAGUUUGUUACUAUUAGGCGCAGAGCAGAUUAUCCAUGCAAAAUUGCAAAUCUCCUACACUACACAAAUGACAUCCAAAAUUACUCCAUCUUGGAGACUGAAAGAACAUAUAAACAGGGACAAAAAACAGAGUCAAGAAUGAUAAAUUGCCUUCUUUUAAAAAAAAAACUAAUGCCUGAUGUGCAUGAAAAUUGAAGACUGGUUUUGCCUCGUCGGAAAAUUACCAGUGCAGACAGGUCAUUUUGUAAAUGUAUAUAUAUGCUAUAUAUGUUAAAUUCCCUUGAAAUAAAUUAUAUUAUGUUUCUUAAUAUUGCGAUUUCAAACUUGUUGUGGUCAUUCAUUUGUUUUCAUUCUCACCCACCACCCGUGCCCUUUUCGAGCUAGGUGAAGGGUCCUCAUGUUCAAUAAGUAGAAGCACAAUCGAUCUGCUGCAAUUUGCAACUCUUUUUAAGAACCAAAAAGAAAGUCGUACAGAGAAAAACUGCAAUAUACAGUUAUGAGUUGUUCAAGUUCUGGCGGGAAAGGAACCAAAAAAAAAAAAAAGAAUCUCUUAACCAACUUAACUGUAAAUGCUAACCACCCCCACCCCCACCCCCCACUCCCCAUCAGUUUUCUGAUUCUUAAAGAGAAACAGAGUACUGCCUCAGCAAAAAUUUUCUGUUAUUUGACAGUUUUCUCUCUAGAAAACCAAAUUUUCUUCCAUUGAAUACACAGAGAAAGCUCAAUCAUCAAUGGCGCGAACAAGAAAUUCGAAGAGUUCAUCAUUCGUCUCUCUGAUGAACCCAUCAUUUUUCACUCAUUUGCUCUCGCUACCUCCAUUCCAUUCUCUCCAUUACUCGCCCCGGAAGAAUUCAAGAAUCACCCAAACAACCCCAUUUCUCUCUUUCUGUUUCGUCUCUCUGUUCAUUGCCCUCUUUUUCUUUGGGAUUUUGUUGAUCACAUUCACUACCCUUUUCCAAAAUUCACUCUCGUGCGCCCAUACUUCUUAUUACUCUUCGUCUUCUCCUCUGUUCUUAGCCUCUGUUUUGGCUGCGGCAUCAUCAGGUUCAGACUUCGCUCAAGAUGAUGAACCGUUUACUCUGUCUACCAGUGCAAUGGUGCCGUUGCCGGCUCAUGGGAUAGUCGGAAACUUAACCGAGGAGGAGAAAGAGUUCUGGAAACAACCGGAUAAUCAGGGGUACAUCCCUUGUUUGGAUUUCAGUCUCAAGUAUCGAACAGCUUCUGCAAAGAUUUCGAAAGAGAAGAGGAAGUUUUUGGUUGUUGUGGCUUCUGGUGGAUUGAACCAGCAAAGGAACCAGAUUGUUGAUGCAGUUGUUAUAGCAAGAAUUCUUGAAGCUGCUCUUGUUCUUCCUGUUUUGCAAGUGAAUCACAUUUGGGGUGAUGAAAGUGAAUUUUCGGAUAUUUUCGAUGUUGAGCAUUUCAAGAAGAUUCUGAAAGCUGAUGUUCGAAUUGUGGCGUCUUUGCCAUCGACACAUUUUGUUUCUAAGCAGACGAUAAACCGCGAACUUCCUUUUCAUGUAUCACCACUCUGGCUUAGAGCCAGAUUUCUCAAGCAACUAAACCAAGAAGGUCUGCUUAUAUUGAAAGGAUUAGAUUCUAAGCUCUCCAAGAAUCUUCCACCAGACUUGCAGAAGCUCAAAUGCAAGGUUGCAUUCCAUGCACUGAGAUUUGCAGCUCCAAUAAGGGAGCUAGGCUAUCAGAUAGCUAGAAGAAUGUGGAUCGAGGGUCCUUAUGUCGCGAUCCAUCUCAGGUUAGAGAAGGAUGUGUGGAUCAGAACCGGAUGUCUUACCGGUUUAGGCAGGCAAUACGACAGUAUUAUAAGUAGAGAACGGGAAUCUCAUCCUGAGUAUCUCACUGGCAAGUUGAACAUGACUCAUGCACAGCGGCGGCUUGCUGGAAUGUGUCCCUUAAAUGCAUCAGAAAUGGCUAGAUUUCUGAAGGGAUUAGGAGCACCAAACAAUGCUCGUAUAUAUGUUGCUGGAGGAGAGCCCUUUGGAGGCACACAAGCUAUGCAGCCUCUACAGAAGGAGUUCCCAAAUUUAGUGACAAAGCAUACAUUGGCGCGAAACGGAGAGCUCACUCCCUACUUGGAGAAGUCUUCAACAUUGGCAGCUAUCGACUACAUUGUGUCUCUAAGCAGUGAUGUUUUCAUCAAUUCCCAUGGAGGUAACAUGGGCCGAGCACUCGAGGGACAUAGGGCAUAUGUUGGACACAGAAAGUACAUAAAGCCAAACAAGAGAAUGAUGCUGCCAUUCUUGGAAGAUUCAUCUGUACCUGAGGAAGAAUUCAAAAGGAUAAUGAAGAAACUGCAUAGCAAAAGCCAGGGGCAACCUGAGCCAAGGGCUAAAAAGAUUGACAGAGAUGUAAUUGCAUAUCCUGUCCCUGAGUGCAUGUGUAGGCAAUAAUAGACACUGUCCCAACAAGUUAGAUCAUUGAUGCUGGUUUUUUGUAUGCAAAUAUUCAUACCAUGAUGAGUUUGUUUCACAGUU